AUGAUUUUUGUGCUAAGACACGCAGAAAGAGCAGAUAAUUCACCUUUUUAAGAUGAUUAAAAAGAUGUGAAGUUAAAUUUUGACCCACAUUUAACAGAUCUAGGAAUUUUACAAUCAUAACUAUGUGCUCUUAGUAUUAAAAAGAUACUAGAGACAUAUAAUCCUAAUGCAAAACAAGUUGUUUAUGUUAGUUCUCCUUUUUUAAGAUGCGUAUAAACAGUGUAAUAUGUAAAUUAAUAACUUGGUUUAAACGCAAUAGAUAAUAAGUUAUAUGUUUAAACUCAUGUAGGAGAAAUGCUCAGGAGUACAUGGUUCGAAGAGGAUAUUAAUAAAAAACUUACAUAAAAAACAGACCAAAGUUUGAGCUAAUAAGUUGGACUGAAGAUAGAAGAGCCAUUUGCUCAAGACGAAAGAUUAAUUUAAUAAGUUUAUCCAGAAGAUAAACUAGGAGAUUUCUAUGAUAGAUUUAAAGUGGCUUAUGAAGUAAUUGUUGAGAAGUUUUUAAAUACUUAUAAUACUGAAGAAACAGUGCUUAUAAUUGUUACUCAUGGAUUCGGAGUAUAAGUUGUACUAGAUAAAUUUAAUUGCUUUAGUUUCUCUGAUAUGGUUGACUACUGUAGCAUAAAUGCCUUUGAUUAUAGAUAAGAAUCUCUUCCUAACAAAGAAUACCCUUUCAUUCCUAAAAUUUGUGUAAGGUAGUAACAUGAUCAUGUAAAAUAAGCUGAUAAUGAAUUCAGCAAACGAAAGUAAUAAAUAGCUAAAUUUUGA